GAGCCACAGUCAAAGUUCGCAGCUUGAGGAGGAUGAGUCAUUCUCACUAGCUGUUUGUUUACUGCACACAUCAGCUGUUAGAGUUACCUUUCUUCUCCAGCUACCAGCAACAACUUUAACUGAAAAGAUGCUGCCACCUGAAUGGAUACGUGUCUUUCGUAUUAAAGCACAGAGUCUUAAACGCGGAGACUCUUGGUAUUUAGAGUAUGAUGAAAAUAUUGAGCCUGACAAACUAGCCAUGGGCUGGAAGCAGUACAUCAGGAACACAGGUGCAAGGUUCAAAUGUUCCAUGUGCAGAAGAGAAUGGCCUUCCAACAAGGUGAAGGUGCUCUUCCACAUGCGCCUGAAAAACGGGCAGGGCACUGUCAAGGUGAGACCCUUACGCCAGAACUGCAAGAUGUGCUCCGAAGCUCCAAUGGAGAAUCCCCGCGUGGAAUCUGACAAUGUACACAUCCUCAUGGAGAAUCUGGUGGAGAAAAUAAAACAAAAGUGCUACCAUAAAAACCCUGGUGGACAGAAGCGGUAUUUCAGAAGCUUUGACGUCGAUAGUCCCCAUGAGCCCACACAUUGUGAGGGGUGCAUCAAGGGCGUGUGUACAAAAUGAGCUGCUUUUAAAGUCAGCUUGUUUCUGUUCGAUCAUAACUUUGCCUUCUUUAAUUCUGUUUUAGUGUAUUUCUUCUUUAUGUAAUAAGCAGAUGCACAUUUUUGUAUUUAUCCUUUUGUGCUUGGUAGCAGACAGUUUUAGCUAAUAUAUUGCUGUGUUUGUUGAAAAUGUUCCUUAGCACAACAGCUCUUAUACAUUUACUGUUACAAAUAAAUUAAAUAGGUCAAGAUUUAAAUGUGACAUAAAGGUCUACAGGAGUCACUUUUCACAUUUAAAAUCUUAUUUUCUGAUUUUGUAAAUAAAUAAUACAUAUUUUUUUAAAAAUAUAUGCAUUACAUUAUUGUUCAAGAGAGGGCAACAUCUUCUUUUUUAAUUUUGAUUUAGAGCCACACACACAGCUUACACAUGAAACAUGGUACAUACCAUGAAUUUUGGUAAAUAUAAUACAUUGUUUUACAAUAAGCCUGGGUAAUUUUUUCAAAGAGAAAAAAACAACAUUCUUCAAGCAAAAAGAUGCAAAGAUAUUAUUUUAUUGGUAUUUUAAGAACAAACAUGAUCAUGUUCAUAAAGAUUAAUAAGUACAUUACAUGUUACUUUUUUAAUUGUAAAAAAGGGGGGGUGAACAGAUGCUGUUGUCUCAGACGAUAUUGUUUUCUUACAAAAAUACAAAAAAUAAAAAUCUUAUGGAAAUGUA